GCUGCUCAACCGUUGCAGCAUACUACAUGUAGUACCGCCGAUUAGUCGAAUACUCGGCUAUAACUCGGGGAUUGUGGGUUCCCCACGACGUACACAGCAGUCGUGACGAGCGCCUUCCAGCUCAUUUACUAAUCGACCAAGCUUCAGACACCGCUCCUCCUCAAAACACCAUGUUGAAAGGGCUCGCCGGUGACUUGUCAGGCGCGGGUGACGUGUGCCACGUGAUGCACGAGUUCUCCAAGUGUCUGGCUAACCAAUACUUACUACCCAGCGAGAGCAUCAUGUUCUCCAUGCAGUCGACCAAGGAGGAGUUCACAUUCACGAACCACGCUCUGCUCAAGAUCGCCGGUAGCAACUCCACCACGACGCGUAAGCUCACGGAGCGCUUCGAUUACCGCAACGAGACCAUCACGUCGGUGCAAUUCGAGACUGCAGGACUCGUAGAUCGCGACUGUGAAAUCAAAUUUAAGAUUGGCGGUAAAUCGGUGUCUAUUGACGUGGCCAAAGCGGAGCAGGCCGAUGCUCAGGACUUUUACAAGGUGCUGGAGAUGCUGAGUCGCCGACAGAUUCAAAACAACCGCGCGUGGGAGCAUGGCUGUCUGGCGCUCAAAUAUUCCAGCGAGGCGAUGUAUUUGACGGAAAACAGUGGCCAGACGCUCAUCAAGCAGACCGACGAGACGUCCACAUGGAUCGGCGAGCUCUACAAGCGCACCCAUCCACUCUGCUACCGCGAAUUCAUCACCGGAGCCUUCCAGGAACUCAAACUCGUCGACAAGAUGGAGCGCUUCCAGAUACAACAGUAGCAAGACUACUAGGAUAGUUACCUACUGUAGCAAGAGAAUACCUCUAUGAACCAGCACUGCAUUUCCAACCUGUUCAAGUGGAGCGUAGCCAUCUGUUGACUUACGUGUUGACUUAUGAUGGGGGUUGCUUUUUUCAACACAUCAGUUGCAAUUUCAGGUCAUUGUUGGUGUGUACACACUAGG